AUGCAAGCGAAAUACCGCCAUUCUCUUCCCCAGUUGAAUUCUUCAAAUUUGUUGCUCACUGAAGGAGGCAUCGAAACAACUCUGGUGUACAAGAAAGGAUUCCACCUCCCCGAAUUCGCGUCAGGACCACUUCUCUUAACCCCAGAAGGAACGAAAGCAUUACAGGAUUGCCAUGCUUCAUACAUUGACAUUGCACUUCGGCACAAGCGUGGUAUAAUUGUCGAGACUCAAACUUGGCGAUCAUCGAGAAUAUGGUGCGAUAAGCUGGGCUUCUCUGAGAAUGAGAUGAUGAAAUUGAACAGGAGGGCAGUGGCCUUUCUCGAAGAUGUCCGCCGAGAAUACGAAACCGACACCACGCCAAUUGUUGUAAGUGGCAAUCUCGGUCCUCUGAGUGAUGCAUAUCACAAUUCAACUCAGAGACUGUCGGUUCAAGACAUGAUAGCAGUUUACCGUGAUCAGGUUCAAGCACUUUGUGAAGCGGGUGUCGAUAUGCUAAGUAUCAUGACCCUCGCCGAUACAACCGAAGCCAUCGCGGCGGUCCAACUUGCGAAGGAGUUUGGAAUUCAAAUUUUGGUCUCCUUCUCGGUGGAAACGGAUGGAAAGCUAUUGAAUGGAGUAACACUUGAAGAUGCAAUCCGGACGGUAGACAAAGCAACCGAAUCGUAUGCAGCCUAUUUUGGGAUCAAUUGUGCCCAUCCGAGCCAUUUUCAUCCCACGUUGCGAAUGAUGGACCCAUCUGUACUUUCGAGGAUAGGUGAGAUUCGAGCGAAUGCGAGCCGCAGAAGUCAUCAAGAAUUGGACAAUUCAGAGUUUCUCGAUAGAGGUGAUCCGACUGAUCUAGGCAGAUCCUUCAAAGAUCUGAUCCAGCUGUUACCCGGAUUGAAAGUGGUUGGCGGUUGUUGUGGAACUGAUCCAGAACAUGUUGAAGCCAUUGCAUCAAAUGUCUGUUGA